CCUUUUCAAAUUGUAUCAUUUUUUUUAGUUGAUAGGCAUGUUCAAUCAGCAAAAUCAUUUUGCCAAAAUGAUCGCAAAUAGUAGUAUGUGAUUUGACGGUGACAACCUGGAGAUUACACGCCAUUUCAUUUUGGUUUAUUGGCAUAAGCCACGUCUUCCUGGAUUACCCUAUAAAAAAGGAUCAGCCCAAAUCCAAUUGUUCAAAUCAGCCCGGCCCAUCUGUACCACGAUAUUGUCAACGUUAAAUCUCCCGUUCGAGACACCGUCGACGUUAAUUCAGACCUAACAUUUUCCGUUCAAACCAGCGAUCGAGCCGAUACUUCAUCUGCAAGCGGCAAGCCUGCUGUUUCGUGAUGGAGAUCUACCAUCAAUUACCGAAGACCUUUCCUGUUCGGGUAAUACAUCCUUCGCCGAGAAAGUCGCCGUCAUUUUCCUUUACGGUUACCAAUUCAAGAUAUAAAACUGAAUCGGAGGAUGGCAAUCGAAUGUUUAUUCUGGGGAUGGGGUAUGUCGGUCAAUUCUUUGCAAGAAACCUCAGAAACGAAGGCUGGACUGUUGCUGGAACGAGCACAAGCACGGCCAAAAAGGAGGCGCUUGAGGAGAGAGGAUUUCAUAUUAGCCUUUUCCAUACCAAUGAGCCUCAAUUGAGCACAUUGAAGAGCUAUACACACUUACUAGUGUCUAUCCCUUCUGUGGUAGGCGUUGGCGAUCCGUUGCUUCAGCAUGAAGAACUAUUGAGAAGUACUCUAAUGGAUGGAAAUCUUCAAUGGCUCUGCUAUCUGUCGUCCACUAGUGUUUAUGGUGACUAUGGUGGUGCUUGGGUGGAUGAAGAUUAUCCAACAAGCCCUACAAGUGAGUCGGCUAAAUCAAGGUUAGCUGCUGAGGCAGGAUGGUUAAAGCUGGGCGCUAGUCUUGGGAUUUCAACGCAAGUAUUUCGACUUGGUGGUAUCUAUGGUCCUGGUAGGAGUGCUGUUGACACAACAAUUAAGCAGGAACCCUUUUCGAGAAGCCAGAAGAUGAGGAUAUCCAAAAAGUACACAUCCAGAGUUCAUGUUGACGAUAUUUGUCAAGCACUAAAGGCUAGCAUCAACCGACAACCCUUCCGGCUGCAUCACAGGCAAAAGGUACAUCAGCAUACAUACCAGCAAGAGCACAUCUUAUGCUUUCCAAGACGGUGAAGAGAUAAGCAAACGCAAUGGCUGUCCAAAAAUGCAUCCCUACUUUACCCCAGUAGAUGGCAAGCGGCAUCCACCGACUCACAGUUCCGAUCACUUGAAGAGCAAUCUCCAACAACAUCCCCAUCACCACAUGAAACCUAAAGAAAUGAGGCCAUUCCUUUCUUCUUACAACUCCAAGAUAUGCAACAAAAAAAUAUGCCAUCAAGAACCAGCUCGGCAACCUCCCGAUGGCACCGAGAAAUGGGUAUGUAAGAAAUUCAAAGUCUUCGAGGAAUGGAUGUAGAUGAUAUGCUGUCUCAGCAUACAUCCAAGUCUCGUGAAGCGGCAUUAAAUAUGGGAGACAAGCUAAUGUCCUCCACCACCAUUUUGGCUUCUCGGUCA